AUGGACAAGAGACUACUGCUAGUGCUGCUGUUCAUCCUCAUGGACGGCACACGCGCCGCUGGUUGCGAUGACGAUUGCGUUGCCGUUUCCUGUUUGCCUCAUUGGUGGCGUAAUACAACUGCACCACAAGUAGUUGUGGCUUCUGUCCUCAUCUUCUUCGCUACGUUUUUGCCUCGAGUGUUCGUCCGUCUCCUUAUCUUCGUGCUCCCAAAGUUGCCGUUUAUGCGCCAAGUGGCCGAGGACUUUCGCGAGUCCUGUGUGGGCUCCACGUCAUACUUUAUCUCCAUGACAUUGGUUCUCUUGGCGCUCACAGUGUCGGAGCUGAGCAAGUUUUUCUGCCGCUUGCCAACAUACAUUUGGGGAGUCUUUUUUCUUUAUUGGCUCUACUCGCUGUUUAAUGUCGUACAAAGUUUGGCUGUGCGUCGGUUUGUUGGUACAAAUGGAGAUUUCUCCAAGAAGAUGGUUAUCUCCGAGUCUGUCAAGAUUCUUCGACUCACGACGCUGCUGAUCAUCGCCCUUAUCAUCUAUUCGUCUGCCCUGGGGGACAGUGCUACUUUCAAGUACUCGGUGUUGGGUGUGAUUGGACUGGCAGUCGCCCUGGGCUUUGUACCGUCCUUUCACAAUGUCGUGGGCGGUCUUUUUCUCGCGUUUAACUCACAGUUUAAGAUCGAUGAUUUUAUUUGCGUUGGAGACGCAGAAGGGUUCGUUCAUCGCGUGUCGCUACGCUACACGACAGUGGUGAGUCUCGAUGGAACAACUCUGUAUGUUCCAAACAGCUUUUUUCUUUACAAACCCAUGAUCAAUUUCUCUCAACGCCCGAAACGAGACGUGGAUUUGCACGUUCGAGUUUCGCGUGGCACAGCUGUGGAGACGUUGCGACAGGCUCUUCGUCGUCUUGAGAGUAUGCUGCAAUCACUGCAUGUUGGUCUUACAUCUCACGAAGAGAAUCAAUCGGACUUGCGGCAUGGUGAGAAGUGGGAACGGUUUUUCUUCGUAGCAAUGGAGGAGCUUUACACCAUACGCGUGUACUCAUAUACUGAAGAGCUGGAUGCGCGAAAGUAUGCUAUGCUUAAGUCUGAAGUUUGGCUCGCGGUGACAGAAAUCAUGGAGGAGAUGGGCAUUCGCGUGUUAAGUAACGACGACCAGGACAAUCCUUUUGCCGAGUCGCCACAUGUCAUGAAGCACUCGAGUAGCCAUACUAGUAGCCUUCCAGAUGAUAGUAGCCUCAGAGAUCCGUUCACCAGCGAAAUUGGUGCUGUCGUGGGAGCGCAGCCAAAUACUAAUGGGACCAAAGGACCACGCACACAGCUUUGA